CUGGAGACGAGUAGACCCGUGCCUAUUGGUUUCAUGGAAACGCGGUGAGGAGAGCGGGGCUGGCGGGGCUAUAAAAGCAGCCUGUAUGUGAGCGGAGCAUCACGGAAAGGACUGUAGCCUUCAUUCAGUCAGCAGGCCGGCGCACAUCACAGAUAGCUGGGAUCCACGCACAGCGCAGCCAUGAGUGAGAGACAAGCAUCAGGAGCAAUGACUGGAAACAGCAAACCAUCUGCUGGCCAAGAUGAGAAGAAGAACAACGUCCCCCAGGAUUUUGACAUCGACAUGCAAGAUCCGGAGACUGAGAAGGCCGCCGUGGCCAUCCAGUCGCAGUUCAGGAAAUUCCAGAAAAAGAAGCAGGAUGUGAAGUCUUAGAGCAGGCACUGUACGCUGCGUCUUCACUUUAUGUGGGCCUGGUCUUGCAUGUCAAUCAAACUGCACCGUCAUGAACUGAAAAGGAGGGGUGGGAUUCCUGAAGGUGGAGGUCAGGGUUGGUGUGGUUUGGGGCUAGAUAGUAUCUUUGUGAUAGUCUGUGUGUAAUUACUAACUUACAAUGACAAUAAUAUACAAAAGAUAUAUAAGAUCAAAUUCUGGGUGUAUGUAUUUAAAUCUUUCUUAUAAUUUUGCUAUUUCUGUUUUUUACUUCAAUGACACUUCACAGUGUAGCAGCAGUAGAGCUUAAUGUUUUAUUAGUUUUUUUGUCACAUUCCAUGUAAUAUACCCAUGAUAACAACAAACUGAAAUAAGUCUUCUCAUAAAUUGUUAAAAAUUCUUAUCUUUAUUCAGGAGGAAUGUAAAGCCACAUGCAUUGCAAUGAUUGACACUCAUGAUUUCAUCGACAGUCCUAGCAAGGCGUCAUAAUCAAAAGAUUUUUCAGCUCUACUGGAGGUUUGUUAAUGCCGUGUCCCUCUAGCUGGGUAAAAUGACCCCAUACAGUUGCCGGUGCUUUUACACGGUAUGAAAUCAUUGUCUAAUUUGUGUUUUGACAUCGGAGGUGUCCCCUCAUUGUGUCUUUUCAUCUGACUGACUUGACUUCUCUGAGUUGUGUAUCUUUGUAGAGAAUGCAAUGUGCUCGUGAUUCGAUUCCAAUUGUUUUUCUUUCCCUGUUCUUGUUCCAACGUGAUUUAGACAUUUAAACAUUGUUCAGUUGGCUCACACAUGUGUAAUGUACAAGCACACACAAUGAUGCAUGCAAGCUUGCGCAGACGCACACACAUACAUGCAUACACAGUGCACAUACAGAGAGAGAAAUAAAGACAAUGGAAAGGAGUGCAAGUUGAUUUACUUCCUUUGAUUUCAAAUGCUUCUGGUUAGCAGAUGUGGCUGCAGUCAUGUUAUCCACCAUACUAUUCACACAGUAUGUGCAGCAUGGGCAAUUGAUCAUAUUCAAAUUAAUUUAUUACAAUCUAUAAUAUUUAAAAAUAAAUAUAAGCAUUUUGGAAUAUUUCUAAAUGCAAAAAAAUCAAGCACUGAUGCACUUCAUCAUACAUAUAAUGGAGUCAGUACAGUUAGAAUUGAUCCCAAUUGGUUACAGACAUGUCUCUAUACCCAUUUACCUCAUAAAUAUGAGUGUGUUUAGAUCCACCUUCUACAACAUUUGGUUAAGGGUAGGCAAAAAGUACGGUCAUGGUUAACAGAAACAAGCAAUGACUUCUGGAUAUGAAUCCAGGUCUUCUGGAUUAAAGUUGCAAAGUAGCUUGUGACUACAAUACUUUUUAGCCACCUACUGUUAAGAGUUGGGUUUCAGAGCGUCCCACAUGGACCUGGGGCUGGUUUCACAAAGAUAAACUUUAAGUAUGGCUCGGAUCAAACUUCAGAUAGAUUUAUAAAUAUGUGCAAAGCUGUCUAGCUCUUCACUACUUUAAAUAGGACUAAUUUGCUAUGAACUAAGAAACCACGUCAGACCGCUCAUCUCCAUUAACUCUGGCAGAAAAUGUUCACAUUCUGGAAGAAUUUAACCAUAGUAACAUUUUAUGGGGAAAAGUGAGUUAAGAGUGUAACAACGGUGUCCUCACUGCUGCAUGUUUCCAACAGGUUACAGCGCUCUCCAGAAAUGUUCCACUCUCAUUAGUAGCUCCACAACAUUGUUAGAAAAUGAUGAGCCAUGUUUUGCUCUUUUUUGUCACUUGGUGUUAUUUAGAAUAUGAGCAACCGAAUAUAAAGAAAUAAAUGUUAAGUUAAUUAAGUAAUGAUACAUUUUUGUAUGUAUGUGUGUAAAAACAUGUUUAGAUAAAUCUUAGUGGAAGAAGAACAAUGGCACUUAUUAAACCAGUUAUCUCUUACACAGAAAGGUGUGUUACAUUAAAAUAUUUGCAAAGCCCAUUGGUUAAAAACUGUCACAGAAACACAGAAGAAUUAUUGGACUGGAAUUGCUGAAACGAGAAGUCACUUUCUAUCAGAUCUGUAUAAAUGAGUGUGCACCAGAGUGAAUUUGUUAUCUUUUGUGAGGAUGAACAGGUCAUACUGUAUUGUACAGAGAUUCCUCAGUGCCAUAUUAGAUAAAAUCUAGAAGAAAUCCCUGAAAUCCUUCUCAAUAACCCAAUAAAUUCAUUUGAGAGGAGAAAACAAUAUCUUUGAAUCCAACAAACAAUGGCAACGUUCAGCUGCUAACUGUUCAGGAAGGUCGAGUGCUCAUUGCUCUGGGACAGACAUCCAUGUUUAUUACUUUACAUUUUCAGAAUAAUUUCCCCAGCGCUGCCAGCGACACCUUCAUAUUUCUCAGGCUGAUCAGAGGGAGUAAUUUAGUUUGCGUGAACCUUAUUUAUGACAGCAGUUAUUAACUGCCAAGUGUGGCAUCAAGUAAAUCUGUUACCAUGCUUAAUUUGUUGUGGACUUCAGAGGUGGAUGACAGAUAUAGUUGUCAUGCUGAGUUGUCACGCCCUCCUGUCUUGUGAUAUAAGACCAUGGAAGCAAUUUAGCAGGCAAGACAUGUGAGGCCGAGGCAGAAGCUCCAGAGUGGCAGGUUGGAGAGUCAUCUGGUUUAGGAAGGAAUUUAUUUAUAAUGUUAAAGAGGAUAUAACUUCACACUUUACGCUGUUUUAAUCUUAAGAAUGAAUCAUUUCUAGAAGUGAUGUACACUGAAUUUAUUAAAGGAGAUGUUUACCCUCAGACACUCUUAAACUGAUAGAUUUAAUCUCGUUUUAAUUAUCAUGGUUGUAACUUGCCCUGUGAUUGCAUAUAUUUCCCAGAAUGCCUUUUGACAGCUACAACAUUAAUGGCUGUGACCAAGUGCUAGCAAUCUAGCUUACCAGCUAGCAGGUGGAUCUGGGACAUGUCUCAACUCUAUGAUACAUCCUACAGUAAUUCAACCCAGUCUUCUAGAAAUUAUGUUUAGUAUAUAUAUUACUAAAUUGUAUACAAUAUAUAGUUAAAUACCAAUCUUUACAAUAUACUGUGUUUGCAGUUACUAUGCAAUAAGCAUACU